AUGUCAAAAGUAUUCGUUACCGGUGCCACUGGGUUUAUGGCCCAACAUUUAAUCAAUCAACUAUUAUCAAAAGAUUUCAAAGUUAUUGGUUCAGUUCGUUCUACUGAGAAAGGUGACAAGUUAUCUUCAUUAUUUCAAAACUCCAAUUUCCAAUACGUUAUUGUGAAAGAUCUUGUCAAUUCUCAAGAUGAUUUUGACCAAGCUUUGAGUGCACAUUCUGAUAUAAAAUAUGUUUUCCAUACUGCUUCACCUGUUUUUCCUAAAAAUUUAAAAGAUGUGGAAAAAGAUAUGAUUGAACCUGCUAUUCAUGGUACUCAAAAUAUCCUAAGAUCUGUUCAUAAGAAUUUACCAAAUGUGGAAAAAUUCAUUUAUACUUCUUCAUUAGCUGCUAUUCGUUCUGAAGAUGGUUAUAGCCAAGAUGAAGUUGUUACUGAAGAAUCAUGGAAUAAUGUUAAAUUAAAUGAAGCUAAAAAUGAUAGUGGUAAGGCUUAUGAAGCUUCCAAGACUCAUGGUGAAAAAGCUGUUUGGGAUUUCUUCCAAAAGAAUCAUGAUGUCAAUUUCAAAUUUUCCAUUAUAAAUCCAGUUUAUAUAUUUGGACCUCAACUAUUUGAUGAAUAUGUUUCAGAACAAUUAAAUUUCUCAUGUGAAAUUAUAAACAAGAUAUUGAAAAAACAAGAUGAUGAAAUUUUGGGUUAUUCAAUUGAUGUUAGAGACGUGGCAAAAGCUCAUGUUUCAUGUAUUGAAAAUUCUAAAACUGAUUCUCAAAGAUUACUUACAGCAUUAGCACCUUAUAAUAAUCAAACAUUAAAAGAUUUGAUUCAUAAACAUUUCCCACAAGUUUCAAAUAAAGUUGAUAUUGGUAAACCGGGUUCUGAUCAAGAAGUUUUCAAAGGUUAUUAUACUUUAGAUAAUUCAAAGACUAAAGAGAUCUUAGGGUUUGAAUUCAUACCACAAGAACAAACAAUUGUGGAUACGGUGAGUCAAAUCUUGAAAGUUCAAGGAAAGAUCUAA